CCUCCUUUUUUCCGGGCGGGCCAGGAGAGGCUCAAGAUGGCGGCGCCCUUAGCGGAGGAGCUGGAGCGGCUGCUCAACCCGCUGCCCCGCGCCUUGCACGACCCCGAGGACGACCCCGAGGAUGCCACCGCAGCCAGGGUGGUUGACAAGUUUGACGAAGGAGAUGAAGAUGAUGUCCUUGCGCUUGGGCACAUACGAAAGGGGGUCUCCUCCCACCUUUUGGAUGCUGAUAAGAGAUACCGUGGGAAGGCCGUAUCCCGCAAAGCUUUGGAGGAAGAGAUGUGGGGAAACGAUCAACUGUCAGAUGAGCAGACUUCAAACGCGGAAGAGGAAACGGAGGAGGAGGAGGAGGACCAGGAGGAGGAGGAUGCUACCUGCAGCGUUGCCAGCAGCCAGGAGGAGGAGGAAGAAAGGAAACAGCUGGGGAAACUGAAGGAAGAUGCUUUCGUUUUCCAGGCUGUGGACGACUUUGCAAAAUUUGCAGAGGGGAUGGACGAAAUGGGCAGUGGAGAAAUGUUGGAGGAAGAUGAGGAAGAAGACAGUGUCGAAGAAGGCAGCGGAGAUGAGGAAGACAGCAUGGAAGAAGGCAGCGAAGGUGGAGCGACGUCGGAGGAAAGCGCCACGGGGAGCGAGGAGGAGGAGGAGAUGGUGGCGGAUGCGAGGGAGAGUAAACAUCUUGGGGGGCUGUUGCCGUUCUCGAAAGACCGAGUGGCCGAAGAAGUUGCUAAAGGAAAAGCCGUGAAGAAUCAAAUAGCUCUGUGGGAUCAGCUCUUGGAAGGGCGAAUUAAACUGCAGAAGGUUCUCCUGACAGCCAACCAGCUUCCCCAGCCAGAUACCUUCCUGGAGUUUAAGAAAAGAGGAGGACAGGAGUUUGCCGCUGCACUCAAGAACAAUCACAAAGCCCUCAAGGCUUUGCUGAGGACCCUGGUGGAUCUUCAGGACGAGCUUUUGCACCAGUACUCGGGCACGAGACAUCUGGUAGAUGGAGAGCAAGGGAAAGAGGACAGCAACGAGGAGAUCCCAAGCGGCGAUGACGACGAUGACCAAGCUGAGAUGGAAGACAAGGAGAGGAAGCGGAAGCUGGGAAUGGACGAUUAUCCAGAGUUCGCGGCCAAGCGGUUUGCCGACUUCCGGUCCUAUCGGAACAGCACGCUGCAGAAGUGGCAUGAUAGGACCAAGCUGGCUUCUGGGAAGCUGGGGAAGGGUUUUGGUGCCUUUGAGCGUUCCAUCCUGACCCAGAUCGAUCACAUCUUGAUGGACCGAGAGAGGUUGCUCCGGCGGACGAGGACCAAGCGGUCAGCCUACAGGGUACUGGGGAAGCUGCAGCCAGCCCCUGAGCCGUUGCCAGACACUUUGCCAGGACAGGCGGAGGCCCUUCCGCCAACAACAUCCAACGCGCACCUCAAAGACCUGGACGAGGAGAUCUUUGAUGACGACGACUUCUACCAUCAGCUCCUCAGGGAACUUAUUGAACGUAAAACCAGCUCCUUGGACCCCAACGACCAGGUUGCAAUGGGCAGGCAAUGGCUGGCUAUCCAGAAACUGCGGAGCAAAAUCCGGAAGAAAGUGGACAAAAAGGCCAGCAAAGGAAGGAAAAUUCGGUAUCACGUCCACAGCAAGCUGGUCAGCUUCAUGGCCCCCAUUGACCAUUCCACGAUGACUGAUGAUGCCAGAACGGAACUUUAUCGGUCCCUCUUUGGCAAACGGCCACAUCUCGAAGGAGGCGACCACGCUUAGUGGUAGGUGUUGUGCUACCACAAGCUCUGAACCUUGGAGAGGGGAACGUCCACCACAUUCAGACACUAUUCAUUGCUCUGCGACUUCUCCUGCUCCCUUCCCUUCCUCCCCUGUCGAUGGAGAUGUCUUUUCUUGAGCAUAAAAAGGAGCACCCACCAAACUUGAUCCAGUUGAGAAGCCCCUGGAGGUAUCUCCACUUCCUUGGAGUCGGAAUGCUCCUGGAAGCUAACCUCAAGGCUCACCCAACGCACGACGACCUCAGCGAAGAUGGGCUCACAGGUUGAAGUGCCUCUUGGAAGUGUUGGGCAACUGCUCUGCCAAACUGUGCUUUUCCCCCAAGUACGUCGAGGGCAUGAAACCAGCCACUUUACGGGCCUAUGAGCAACCUGGAAGAGUGAGAAGAACUUCAAAGUUUCACGGUAGCCAUCUCUGGUCAAAUCUGGAUGAAAGCAAACCAUCGCACCCUGGUUCUCUGUACGAAGGACACUUCAUAGGGGACCUUUGUAGCAUCUUGUGUCCUUGAGCUCCUUGACGGUGGUCAGAGACCCUGUGGAAUGAAAUCAGAAUUAAAGAACAGUGUGUGUUUGUCUGUGUGUCACAACCGUGUUUGUGUUCCUGGGCAAAAGAUUAACAGAGGGUACAGCACAACCGUUUUUGUUAGUGACACGCCCUUGAGUGAAACUUGAUGGCUGUAACUAUCCAAUCAUCUCCGUUCUGAGGAGACGUGAUUUUAAAGUGGGAAUGAAGGAAAUAGAACACCAGAAUAGUUGCUUAUGGCCAUGCCCUAAGCUACCCUCUCUCUCUUCCCGCAACUACCUUGCUGCCCUGCCUUGCCAGAGCAGCUGCGGCUGAUGGGAAUCGUAGUCCCAAACUUCUGGAGGGCAACCAGGUUGGGAAUUAGGCUGUUCUAGACUCUCGGUAGGUCUGUUCUUAAAUACUGCAUGUGUAGCUCAUCAUCUGAGUGGUGGCUUCCAAGGAGAGCAAAAGUGGAAAGCAGCUAAUAGAAUGCUUUCGGUGAUUUGUUCUUCCCUAAAGUAAAGGAUGCAGAUGGCGCUGUGGGUUAAACCACAGAGCCUAGGGUUUACCAAUCAGAAGGUCGGCGGUUCGAAUCCCCGUGACGGGGUGAGCUCCCGUUGCUCGGUCCCUGCUCCUGCCAACCUAACAGUUCGAAAGCACGUCAAAGUGCAAGUAGAUAAAUAGGUACCGUUCCGGCGGGAAGGUAAACGGUAUUUCCGUGCGCUGCUCUGGUUCGCCAGAAGUGGCUUAGUCAUGCUGGCCACAUGACCCGGAAGCUGUAUGCCGGCUUCCUCGGCCAGUAAAGCGAGAUGAGUGCCGCAACCCCAGAGUCAUCUGCGACUGGACCUAAUGGCCAGGGGUCCCUUUACCUUUAAAGCACUCCCCUAAAGUAUUUUUUGCUGAUGGGGGAUUUGUGGAUUGCCUCUUCUGCUCCUCCCCCAGUUGAGAGAUGCUCUUUGUUAGAUUUACACCAGGACUAACCUCUACAGAGAGAAGAUGAUUCACUUGUUUUUAUUCAGAAGGUCAAAAAAGCUGGAAAUUAAAUCCCUAUAAAGUGGAUUUAUUAGCCUGCUGUGAUCAAUCUCCAAUGGAGAUUAUCUUGCAUAAGUAUCAUGUGCACAUGUAUGUUACCUGUAUUGAUUGCCUGAGGUGUCUCCUCUGCAACCGCCCCGCCCCCCUAAAAACUGAAUAAAACAGCUUUACAGAG